AUUACAAACACGCUGCACUGUAAGGAUUUCAUUUGCCCAUGGAUGUUAUGGAUUUGCUAUUUUUGCAGACUGAACAUUUAUUUUGCGUGGGAACGGCAUCGACGACGUAGUUGUGGAUUGUUUUUGUACACGAAUUCUUACUGAGAACAAUUAAUUUCGUAAGUUUUUAUUUUAUUAUUACUUUUAUUUCAAUGUUUGUGGGCGUCCUUCCGCGCGACUGUGGACGAUGAUUCAAGUUCUCCGCGGAUUUCAAAUCAAGAGCGAAACUGACAGAUAGGCGUCGAGAGUCGUUCCUCUCUUCAUAAAACCUCCCUCAGGGAUCUCGCCUCUCUCCGAAGACCUGUUUCCCAUCAUCCAUCAGCGACCGGGCGCAGACUGGAACUGAAAAUACUGUAGUUUUCUCCUGAAGCCCUAUACAACCGAUCUCUCCACUCAGGAUGCAAACCGUUUCAACGGUCAGCGGUCUCAGUAAACGCAUCUAAUCGCAAACAAAUUCACACGAGCGUGACUGACGUGGAAUCACCCACAUUAGGCUGCUGCAAAUUAAGACACUUGAGAAAGUCAGAGGUGAUUUACAGCAGGCAUGGCAGCCAUUGCACCUGUCCCUAACUACAGCCCAUCGAUAUGGGUCCGGUUAUGCCAUGCCAUUCCUCGCCUGGACUUGACCCUGCAGACCCGAGACAGCGUGUUCACUCCAGACAGCUGGGAGUAUCAGCAGACUCUUCUGGUCCUCUCCAGCUUCUCCGCCAUUGCGCUGGUCCUCUCGUUACUUGUAGUUCUCUCCUUCCUCAUCCACUACUGCUGCUGCCGUCGUGGUGAGGGCGGCCGGGAUGCAGAGGACGAGGAGGAAGACGAUGAUGCCAGCGGUGGCCAUGGAUACAGCGGCAGAAAGGGGCGGGGCAUCUGCUGUGUCACAUGGGUAUCGGUUGCAGCAGUCACAUUGUGUUGUGUUGCCAUAGGCAUCGGUUUCUACGGCAACAGUGAGGCGAACGAUGGGAUGUAUCAGUUGACCUCAUCCUUGCUCACUGCCAAUUACACACUGGCUUCCAUCGAUCUUCUGGUUUUGGACACUGUAGUUGGGCUUCAGCAGUCUGUCUCAGGGCCCUUGACCUCUAUGGAGGAAGUGUUUGGUGGGCAUAAGCCGGCACUCGUGCCCACACGCUCCUGCAGGCGUCUGUCAGAGCGAGUCGUAUCUCUCCUCUCCAACCUGACACUGGGAAGAGGUCUGAUCCCCAUUGCAGAUGGAUUUUACAGGGCAAAUGGAAGUGAAAGCAUAGUGGGAGCGCUUACCCCAGCACCUCCUUCUGUAGCCCCCACUCUUAGUCCAUCUACCAACAGCAUUCCAGCACCCUUCUCUCCUGGCUGGGCAGCAAACACACUCAUGGUGAAUGAAGACUACAGGUGGCUGUCGUACGUGCUGCUGCUUUUACUGGAUCUGUUGGUGUGUUUCUUUAUUCUUCUGGGUUUAGCCAAACAGGCCCGCUGGCUACUUAUUCUGAUGACAGUGCUGGCCUGGUUGGCUCUGUUUCUGAGUUGGGGUUCUCUAGGCCUGGAGACAGCCACAGUGGUGGCCCUGAGUGAUUUUUGCUUUGACCCAAACACUUUUGUACUUAACUCCACUCACUUCAACUCUAGGACAAGUACAGAAAUCCUGGAUUAUUACCUAACCUGCAGCAGGAAAAUGAGCAGCCCUUUUCAACAGAUACUGACCCAGUCCCAGAGAGCGCUUUCCAGCAUCCACUCUCACCUGUCCAGUCUGGAGAGAGACGCCCUCCCACGCUUUCCAAAGGCAGAGAAGUCACUCAGGGAGGCGCAGCAGAUCCUCAACACCACUGAGGGCAACUUCCACCAGCUGGUCGCACUUCUCAACUGUCGAGGGCUGAACAAGGAUUAUGUGGACUCUCUGAAAGGCCUGUGCUAUGAUGGGAUGGAGGGGUUGCUCUAUCUUUCGCUGUACUCGUUUCUCUCGGCUUUGGCCUUCACAGCUAUUCUAUGCUCCCUCCCUGGAGCCUGGAGGAGUUUCCACAGCGAUUCAGAGGAAUACGAGGACUCCGACAGCGAAAGCGAGGACCCCUUCACUUCUCAUCAGGCACGUAGACAGACGGCCACGGGCUCCCAGCGAGGGGCCUUGCCCCCCUUCUAUAGUUACCAGGGGGCCGGCUGGACUCCUCCCUUUUCUAGCGCGCCUCCGUUACCGACUCCAAACGUUUCCUCCAAUGGCAACCCUGGUUAUGAGAACCUGCCUUUGAGUGACAGGCAGUCCCCACCCCCCUCUUACUCUCCCAGCAUGCUAACUGGCUACGGCGGCAGUCAAUCACACUCCAACCCGUCCCAUUCAAGAAACCUGUACUCACACUAAUUAUUUUUCUGUAUAGUAGAAAAGAAAGAUACAGAGCAAGGUUUAGUUUUCAUAUGGAUGGACACUUUAUGAGACGAGAGACUAAUUUAAAACUCUAGAUGUUAAAUAUCUGUGUGUAACGUCAGUACCAUUGAGUCAUUUGGGUGUAACAGACAGAAAAAGCUGCGUGCUUCAUUUAGUGGUCCGCUCCCUCUAGUGUCAUGCUGUACAUAGCUGGUGGAAACAAGAUGGUAUUGACGUUACAGUAGUGGUCUAUUUUUAAAUGUAUAACCACUUUAUUUUGAGUUUUUAUAUUGUUACAUGUAGUCAGAUACAUAGCACAAUUUCUUUGUAUGAUUAUGCAGUUUUUUCUUCACCUUUCUUUCUUUUUUUUUAUAUUUGACAGGACCCUAU